UAUGGAAAUAAAACUACGCAAUUGGAAGGAAAUGUUUCUCUAAUCUGUUUUUAAAAUCGAAUGAAGAUCGUAAUGGUGGAUCUUAGAGGGAGACAAGCUGGUAGUUGAGAUGUCUUUGUCGUCAGUUUUUCCUGCCUUACCGGGUGUUUACACCCAAAAGCACAAGCAAAAGGUUCUGGAAACAACCAGCAAUGCUGCAAGCUCUGUUCAUUCUAAAAAGAGCAAAAAUAAGCACCUGGCAGAAGCUGAGAAACAGAAGGCCGAAGCCGAAGUGAAGGCUGCAAAAGAGAGGGAACAGCAAUCUGUCCGCUUAUAUGAAGUGUGGUCGAAGAUCAAACAAGAGGAGAAAGAUGAACAAUACCAAUACCUGAAGGAAAGAGUCGCCAUACAACAUGAACUCAUCAAAAGACAAGACUCGCUCUUUAAGAAACGUCAAGCUCACCUGGAACAGAAACGGUGGCAGCUGAAAGAAGCAAAACGCUUGUCAAAGAUGGCCAAGUCGAAAGAAUACACCGAUUUCGUUCGAAAUGUUUUAGCUCAAGACAAGAAGAAAGCUCUCCGUUUAAAAUCACACGUGCGUGUCAUUAGCAGCCACGAACCAGUCCGUGCGCCACAGUCUGCGCGAGAUACCAAAAGUAGCUACGAAAGUGCAAAAACUCAAUCACCCGGUCAGUCUAGUCUGGACAGUCACGGAUCGGCUGUGGUAGAAAGUUCGCUUCUCACGGAUAAUUUCAAGGAACUGCUCCAUGAUCCUGUUGAGGUUCAGUUGCAGAAGUUGUUGGGUGCGGAUGCCGAAGAUUUUCUUCAUCCGACUUUCCGCGAAGGAGCUAAGAAAACUCUUAAUCCGAUGGCGACGCAGAGAAAACUGAGUGGCAUUGGAGCGCGUGAGCUGUGGGGGAUACUGAGGAGCAAUUCGCAAUCUAAACUAGAAACACAAGAUGACAUGAUACCAGUUGAUGUAAAGAAUGCCUACAGGGCUUUCCUAAGGGAGUGUCUCCACAACAACAUCCCUACAGUGCGAAGGAGUUUCUGCAAGGGCGAAGAAAAUGUCUUUGAAGAAGAUCGUGUAAGUGAGAGCCAGUUGAUACAGGACAUUAAAUUCACACGGCAUCAUUUAGAGCUUAUGUUCAGAGUAGCUCAUAUGAACCGUGAUAAAACCAAACUACUGGUGAAAACUAUGGACCCCGAGGGACCCUCUGAGGGGACAGUGAGUCGUCCACCAAGAUAUGAUCCGCAGCAGAUACUUGACAUGCCCAUGGAAACGCGUCCUGCACGAUUACCAACGCUCGCAUUAACAGACGCUGAUGGAGAACGCCAUUCGAUACAGGAACCACCCUCCCCUAGAGCAGAAAGCACACAUGAACCGGAGAAAAAAGACGUGAUUGUCGGAGGAGAAAAGAUUGUAUUCCUCACUGAAGAAAUGGCGACCUGUGAAGGAGAAUUCGCCAAACGACACAAGGCUCCUGGAUGUUCUAAAGAAAUGGCUCCACUCUCUAAAGGGCCACAUAGAGGGAUCAAUAUAAGAGAAACUCUCUCAGCCCCUCCAAGUAGCAUGGGCUCAAGGGAAGCGAAGAAGAGCCAGGGUAGAUUGUGGGAACCGCUUAGUUUAAGUGCCCUGCUGGAGUACAAUGCACCAGUCCCCGCGCCGGGUAGUGGCGAAUUCUUGUUAGGUCAAACAAAAAGGUGGAAAAUACAAUGAUAACAUUUUUCCUUCAAUAAUUCAUUCGAGCAAACUGUUUGCAAGUGAAGUCAUUCUUCGUGUAAUAUUAUGGAAGUGUCACACGUACAAGUGGCGAGGGUCGUCAUGUGUUAUUUGGGAGGCGAACUUGGUCGAGCGAACAACUUAAGGUAGUCGCGGGCAGAAUGGGAUUGCUUCUUCAGUCGUGUAUCCGGUUGUUGCCCGAUGAUCUGCUUGGGAUCAAGAGAGCUACAGACAAGUUUUCUUGAGGUGAUUUUAAUCAAUCAUGGAAAAUGAGAGAAAAGAGAGAGGAAAGCUCGUAAUCCAGGCUUUAAAAAUAGUAAUUUCAUCAUAGUUAUUUAUAGCAAGUGACUCGAACGGGUCUGUUUUCGGACACCUCCGUUCUAAGUGAAUGCAUCAUAAUGACGAGCGGUGAGAUACGUUUUAAUGAUCAAAUCGACUUCGAAAAGAAGAGAAGGGUAUUUUUUCAGCGAGAAUUCGGAAGUGU